UGGCUACUCCAGGAAGUUAAAAAGCAUUGAAUCAAAUUCCUUGAAGAAACCAUUUCGAUAUGGACGAAAUGCAACUAGCACACAUUGCAUUAACCUAAUUUAAUAAAACUGAAUUCCCAGCUUCUCAAUCGAUCGAGCCACGUGACAGCUCGUUUUCGCCAAACAAGCACAUCACCCUUGCAAAUCACUGUUGCAAAUCAGGUAUAUGCGCUGCGUCAACCGUUUGGGGUUUAGCCUAGGGCGGCUAUUGCUAGACUUUUAGUAGCCUAUAUCAGAACAUGGCUAGGUUUGUAGUAGAGGUGUUUUUUGUCCUUGUUUUCUCCGCCACCAAUGCGGCGCAGGAGGAGGUCAUUGAUGUGAUUCUAGCCAGCCUCGCCAAAAGCGCAUCGUUCCUGGAGCAAGAGCACCGUAACAUCAACCUAGACGGAGUGGUCGGGUACAUCAUCCUGCAGGCGGAGUUGAAGGAAGCAGUGAGAACGUGGCCCCACACUGACCCUCUGAGCUGGUCUCAGCGCACCGCUACGGUAACCCUGGUCAGGAGGCUGGACCAGAGCCUGGCUAAGGCUGUCACCGAGCUGGAGAAGACUGACCCCAAAUACUACAGAGAGUUUGAGCCUCUGUUGAGCUGGACCUUCUGGUCAGUACCUCAUGAGUGGAGCUCCACAGAUCCCUCUCUGGCCUACUCCUCCGGUCGAACCAUGGAGUGUUACGAUGAGACGCAGAGCGACAAGUGUAUGACCCUGCUACUGGGAACAUGGAAGAACAACGGGACUCCUUGCAUCGUGACCAAGUCAUGUCGUGACACAAUGACGAGGUUUGGAUGUCCCAACUACUCCCUCUCUCACCAGCUGCUCUACUUCAUGCUGGGAGCCAAUAGAGGUUGCUCCAACAUGUUGAAGGGGGACAUGCGUACGUCGCGUGUUAACCUAACAGAGAGACAGUACCAGGGGACAUUCUGCUGCAACAUGCUGAAGGGAAACAUGGACAUCAUACAGAAUAACUUCACCGGGGAGACCCAGGACAUCUUCAUCGAAAACAUACUGCUGUGUGGAUUGGCUGGUUUCUCUGACUUUCUCAAAGUUGAUUGGCUGCAGCACAUUCUGAGGCUGCAGGAUCUGGAAGUGGGAUGUUUUACACAGCCCCACAGAAGAGUGAAGAGGAGAGAGAGAAUGUUGAAGGAUGGUUGUUCCAGUCACAUAACAGGCGUGUCAGUGAGCGCUCUGGGAGGAUACCUCAACUACUACCUGACAGAGCAGGACAUCACCAAGAGACCACUCACCUGAAUGUCAACCACCCUUCACCUGGCUGUGUGACCCUUCACCUGGCUGUGUGACCCUUCACCUGGCUGUGUGACCCUUCACCUGGCUGUGUGACCCUUCACCUGAAUGUGUGACCCUUCACCUGGAUGUGUGACCCUUCACCUGGAUGUGUGACCCUUCACCUGGAUGUGUGACCCUUCACCUGGCUGUGUGACCCUUCACCUGAAUGUGUGACCCUUCACCUGGCUGUGUGACCUUUCACCUGGAUGUGUGACCCUUCACCUGGCUGUGUGACCCUUCACCUGGAUGUGUGACCCUUCACCUGGAUGUGUGACCCUUCACUUGGAUGUGUGACCCUUCACCUGGAUGUGUGACCCUUCACCUGGAUGUGUGACCCUUCACCUGGAUGUGUGACCCUUCACCUGGCUGUGUGACCCUUCACCUGAAUGUGUGACCCUUCACCUGGCUGUGUGACCUUUCACCUGGAUGUGUGACCCUUCACCUGGAUGUGUGACCCUUCACCUGGAUGUGUGACCCUUCACCUGGACAUGUGUGACCCUUCACCUGGAUGUGUGACCCUUCACCUGGAUGUGUGACCCUUCACAUGGAUGUGUGACCCUUCACCAGGAUGUGUGAUCCUUCACCUGAAUGUGUGACCCUUCACCUGGCUGUGUGACCCUUCACCUGAAUGUGUGACCCUUCACCUGGAUGUGUGACCCUUCACCUGGCUGUGUGACCCUUCACCUGGCUGUGUGACCCUUCACCUGGCUGUGUGACCCUUCACCUGGAUGUGAACCUCCCUUCACCUGGACGUGUGACCCUUCACCUGGAUGUGUGACCCUUCACCUGAAUGUGUGACCCUUCACCUAAAUGUGUGACCCUUCACCUGGCUGUGUGACCCUUCACCUGGAUGUGUGACCCAAAUAGCACCCAAUUCUUUACUUAUACCACUACCUCUGACCAGGCAAACCCAUAGGGCUCUGGUGAAAAGUAGUGCACUAUGUAGGGCAGUGUGUAUCCAUCCUCUCUUGGGGACACCCAGUCGUUCUAUGGGUUUCAUCUAUUCCACAGCACCAGGGGUGGAAACCACUUAACUAGUACUUUAAAGUCAUUUUACUUCAGUCGUUUUUGGAGGAAUCUGUACUUUACUAUUUAUAUUUUUGACAACUUUUACUUUUAUUUCACUACGUUCCUAAAGAAAAUAAAUGCACUUUUUCCUCACAACAUUUUUCCUGACACCCAAAAGUACUUGUUACAUUUUGAAUGCUUAGCAGGAGAGGAAAAUUGUCAAAUUUACGCACUUAUCAAAAUAACACCCCCUGGUCAUCUCUACUGCCUCUGAUCUGGAGGACUCACUAAACAGAGAACAUCCCUGGUCAUCUCUACUGCCUCUGAUCUGGCGGACUCACUAAACACAAAUGCUUUGUUUUUAAAUGAUGUCUGAGUGUUGGAGACCCUGGCUGUCCGUAAAUAAAUAACAAACAGAAAAUGGU